AUGAAUAACGAAGAUUAUGGUUAUGACUACGAUUAUCUUUUCAAGAUUGUCUUAAUUGGUGAUUCCGGUGUUGGUAAAUCCAACCUUUUGUCUCGUUUUACCACAAAUGAAUUUAACAUAGAAUCCAAAUCCACUAUUGGUGUGGAAUUUGCCACUAGAACCAUAGAAGUAGAAGGUAAGAAAAUUAAGGCACAAAUUUGGGAUACAGCUGGUCAAGAACGUUAUCGUGCAAUCACAUCAGCUUAUUACAGAGGUGCUGUAGGUGCGUUGAUUGUUUACGACAUAAGUAAGUCUGGAACUUAUGAGAACUGUAACCAUUGGUUAAAAGAAUUGAGAGAUAAUGCAGACGAUAAUGUUGCCGUUGGUUUAAUUGGUAAUAAAUCUGAUUUGGCUCAUCUUCGUGCUGUACCAACUGCUGAGGCUAAAAAUUUUGCAUCUGAAAAUGAACUUUUAUUUACUGAGACCAGUGCUUUGAAUAGUGAAAAUGUCGAUCAAGCCUUUAGAGAAUUGAUUACAGCUAUAUAUCAAAUGGUUAGUAAACAUCAAGUAGAUUUAGGCGAUUCUGGUAACAAUGCAGCAGCAGCACCAAAGGGACCAACGAUUAGUUUGACACCAACUCCAAAUGAAAAUAAGAAGAGUAGUUCCAGUAAUUGUUGUUAA